ACACAGUAUAGCACCCGACCAAGCCCACUGAGCCCAACCCUCUGAACUACAGGUUUCUGAAUAGUUUUGUUAUGUUUCACGCUUUCACUUCGGGCGGGGCGUCCACCAUCAAGUUGUUAUAACUUUCCAGUUUUUAACGGGUCAGACGGUCUCUACCAGGCGAAAGUUCCAGAUAAAGAGUUUGUGUUUGUGUAACGAUUAUGUUUCGCUGUGGAAUUGCCUAUCCGAGGUGCAGGUGGGUUUUACCCCUGCUGCUACUUUUUGCUAUCAUAUUUCUUAUUAUUGCUAUCGCCGCUGGUUCUGGAUGGGUGGAAGAUGAGGACGCCAAGUCUCAUUACGCAAACAUGUGGAAACAAUGCCGAGGCCGAAAUGACAACUGGGACUGCAAGUCUCUUAUGGAGAAUUCCUGGGCACAAGCAGUGGCAGCUCUCAUGAUCCUGGGCCUCAUCAUCCUCAUCAUUGCCUUCAUCAUCUCCUGCCUGGCCCUCUGUUGUAGCCUGAACUUCUCCCUCCUGCCAGUCGUUGGGGCCCUUCUCUUCAUUGCCGUGAUCCUUCAGUUCAUCGCCCUGAUUAUCUACCCUGUCAAGUUCAACGAGUUGAUCUACGAGGGUCAGUAUUACUACACCUGGGCCUACGGCUUCGGCUGGGGAGCCACAGUCCUGAUGAUCGGCUGCGGAAUCCUCUUCUGUUGCCUGCCCCGGUACGAGGAUGAGGUCACGGGGUUAGCUAAGACCAAGUACAUCUACAGCUCCGCCUAGAGGCCAGAGCCAGCCCCCCCCCCCCCCCCCCACUCACUGAUGCCUCAGGAUCCACUGCUUGGUAAUGACAGGAGUGAGGCUUCCUGUACCCAGAGAUGAGUGAAGCCAGCAGACACUGUUUAAAAACCCAUGUGACUUAUAUUAACCGAUCAAACCAAUAUCCAAAUCAAUAAAGGGCUGGUGACACUUAGUGCCACCCAUUUUUCAUUCACAAAGCCCAUCACAUUCCCCUCCCAUCACUGUCUGGUGAAUGUAAGUUACCUAAAUCUGUCCCAGGGCACAUCUGUAUUAGCCCAGAGAGUUUUUGUGAUAUGUUCAAAGGUGGUACAGGGGUAAGCAAGUAAAGGUCCUACCAUGUGUUUCUUUCUAUCAUGAACUCACACAUAGCUGAUUUCACUAAUUAGUUAUACCUCCUUGCUGAAAAAUUGUACUAAUUCGCAAAUCCAUGUGAUUGGAAUAAAAAAUACACGGGAAGACAUUACUUUCUGAAUCCUGGAUUUUCCAACUCUAGAUAUAUUACCCAGUGUCCGUUUCCCCUUGUUUCAUUAUUAUUCUUCUGUAGAUCAGAUUGGCCCCUCCUGUGAGUAGACAAAAUGAGCUAGACACCCAUUAUUGUUUAUAUAAACCCAUUUUUAUAUGCAUGCAGUGCUAUUGUGGCUCAAUAUCAUACAGGUUCAAGCUAAAGCAAAAAUUAAUUGGCAAUUCAUGGUUUACGGAAGGGGUCUGCAACCCUUUUUCUGGAGAGCCACAGAGUCGGCAAGUUUUUGUUGCUACAUAAGUUAAAAUGGCUUAUUACAAAGUGCUCACCAUGCCUGAUUUUUUGGUUCUGUCAGAACAUAACCCAAAAAUCUAAUUGGACAUAAAUAUGUGCAGCCUGUAUGAACUGGAGAAUAAAACUGUUAUAUUGUUACAGUGUGAAGAGAGUUGUGGUAGAUUUAACCCUGCUGUUACCUUUAAUGGUCAAUGCAGUUAGGCCUAAGUCAGUGAUUUAAAGGGGUUACUUCAAUCAAAGUGCAAAACAGUGUGGUUAAAAUACAAUAAUUGGUCAGCAGUGUGGUCACACUACUAAAAGUAAGAAUUUCCACAGAUGUAUUAUUGAAGGUUAAAGGCCAAACAGUGUUGCAUUUUGACUGAAUUUGUACCCAGCCUCUGUCAUUUAAUGUUUUAAGGGUAUCUUGAAAAGACUAAAUCGCAGUGUUUUUUGCUCUAAUAAAAAUUUAAAUUAAUGCUUUAAAUGUUGUCCCCAAAUGCCACAGAACAUGUCAAAAUGAGCACAAGGGUUACAUAUCUGGUAGUUUGGUAGAAUAUUAGUGACACUGGUUCAUUUAAAGUUUUUUUUUUUUUUUGGGGGGGGGGGGGGCAGGUUGGGGGUUGCAUUUAAAUAUUAAACAUGUUGAUAAUUUGACAUAAUAAUAAGCAAUGAUUUUUGUUUCUUGUGCAGGUAUGAAUUGUUAUAUUCCUGAUAAAAUAAUGAUAACAGACAGAAACAGCAGAUUGAUUGAAAUUGAAGUAUCAGGAAGCAGCCCAGCCAUACAGUUGUUUCAUUGCAUGUGUUAUUUUAUUGUUUGCACACACUAAAAUUUUAAGUUUGAAAGUAUUUUGAGGUGAUUACAUAAAUUACAUUAGGUUCUGCCUGACACAGAAUAUGCCUUGAAAGGGUGUGAUUUAGUGUAAAUUGACAACAACAUGCACUGAGGCAGAACAUCUCAUAUAACUGUGCCUUACUAUCCAUUUACCAAAUACAUAAAUGUUCUUUUUGUAUUAUCUUGUAAAUGAAAUUGCCCUUGUAUUGCAUGCAAUAUUACAUGUUAAUUAUAAUUUUUUCCAGCCGUAUUCCCCUAUAGGUACAGAAUAUAAACUUUGUCAGUAUGUAUUUAGAAUGCCAGUGUAAUAAUGGGGGUUCUUUAUGUAUGCAACUGUAAAUGGUGUCGAUAUUAGGAAUAAUUGAAUUGCUUUGGCUGCUCACUAUGGGUGACAAUACUGUCUCAAAUGGAGGGAAUUUCUUGUAAAUAUUGCUGAAUGUUGUGUCAGUUGGGACAAAAUAUUCAUAUACAAUUAAGCCCAUAUUCUUCCUUGCAAAAAUUAACAUCACACAUCAUAACUUGGUACUGCAAAGAAAUGAAUACAUUCAUUAGGGGUAGUUAUUUUUGUUAUUUUUUAAAUAAUUUUGGAACUUGAGAAGUUAAAUCAUUAGAUGUGAACGUUUUUAUGAAAUAAAAUGUGGUAUUCCCA